GGCCCGCACCCAAGGCCCGCCCGCCGCCAGCUGUCCCGACAUGGACGCCGUGGCCAGCAACAUCCAGGUCCUGUUGCAGGCGGCCGAGUUCCUAGAGCGCCGCGAGAGAGAGGCGGAGCAUGGCUACGCAUCCCUGUGUCCGCACCGCAGUCCGGGGCCAGCCCACAGGAGGAGGAAGCGAUCACCUCAAGCUCCUGGCGCGCUGGACGGUGGGCGGUCUGUACACAAUGAACUGGAGAAGCGUAGGAGAGCCCAACUGAAGCGAUGCUUGGAGCAGUUGAAGCAGCAGAUGCCCCUGGGAGCGGACUGUGCCAGAUACACCACACUGACCCUUCUGCGCAGGGCCAGGAUGCACAUCCAGAAGCUGGAGGAGCAGGAACAGCGGGCCAGAAGGCUCAAAGAAAAGCUGCGAAGUAGGCAGCAGAGCCUGCAGCAGCAGCUCAAACAACUCCAAGGGCUGACGGGCGCUGGUGAGUGGGAGCGGCUACGUGCAGACAGCCUGGACUCUUCAGGUCUCUCCUCUGAGCGCUGGGACUCAGACCAAGAGGAGCUGGAAGUGGACGUGGAGAGCCUGGUUUUCGGAAGCGAGGCCGAGCUGCUGCGGGGCUUCAGUGCAGGCCAGGAACACAGUUACUCACACAGCGGCACCACCUGGCUAUGACCCUUGACCUGCCUGGGCUCUGCCAGGCAGAAGCCCUCCCCAAGCUCCCAGCGCUGAUAGAAGUCACCUCUCGUUGGGAAUGGACUAAAAGGACCCUGGCAUGGGACUAAAAGGACC